CUACUCUCUAAAGUUGAUUAAAUUUAAUAUUUAUUUAUUAAUUUUAAGAAUAAUCCAAUUCCUGAGUCCUGUCUUUAAACCCUACUUGUAGCUCUAUAAAAAAAAAAAAGACGCACCAACACAAUUCAAUCAACUCAGCUAGUAACUCAACAAUGGCGGGAUCAGAAGAAGCAAAACUUGAACGAUUCCUCCGGUGGCUUGAUGCGAAUAAAGUUGAGUUGCGAGGUUGCAGCAUCAAGAACUGUGAUCCAAAUAAAGGCUUUGGUAUUUUUCCGUCGAAUAAUGUCUCUGAUGACGUUCUGCUUGUUGUUCCAUUGGAUUUAGCUAUAACUCCCAUGAGAGUUUUGCAAGAUCCUCUUAUUGGACCCGAGUGUAGAGCUAUGUUUGAAGAAGGAGAAGUGGAUGACAGGUUCUUGAUAAUUUUAUUUCUAACGUUGGAGCGACUUCGAAAGAACUCUUCUUGGAAACCGUACCUUGAUAUGCUUCCUACCACUUUCGGAAACCCACUUUGGUUUACUGAUGAGGAGCUAUUGGAGCUGAAGGGGACAACUUUGUUUCGGGCAACUGACUUGCAGAAGAAAAAGUUGCUGUCUCUGUAUGAUGACAAAGUAAAGGGUUUGGUGCAGAAACUUUUAAUUCUAAGUGGGGAUUCAGAAAGGGAGGUGUGUUUUGAAGAUUUCCUUUGGGCCAAUUCUGUAUUUUGGAGUCGUGCUUUGAACAUUCCCUUUCCACGUUCUUAUGUAUUCCCACAAGUUCAAGAGGAUCAAGGCAGUCACUCUCCAAUUAACAACUCUCAGAUCUCAUAUAAUUCUGGCAGAGACUUAAUCGAUGAAAAGGAUGAAAAAGGAUCUAAGUUUCAUGGAGAAAACAGCAAAGUGAAUGAGGCAAUUUCCACAUCAGUUCAAAAGGAUACUAUCUGGGUAGAGGGUCUUGUUCCUGGCAUUGAUUUUUGCAACCAUGAUACAAAGGCGGCAGCAACAUGGGAGGUUGAUGGAACUGGCUUGGUAACAGGAGUUUCUUUCACCAUGUACCUUCUUUCUGCUGAACAAACUCCCCUCCAAAGUGAGAAAGAGAUUUCCAUUAGUUAUGGGAACAAAGGCAAUGAGGAGUUACUGUACCUGUACGGAUUUGUCAUUGAUAAUAAUCCAGAUGACUAUCUCAUGGUUCAUUAUCCUGUAGAGGCAAUUCAGAAUGAUCCCUUUUUAGACUCCAAAAUGCAGCUUCUGGAAGCACAGAAAGCUGAAAUGCGGUGUCUUUUACCUAAAAGCUUGCUGGAUCAUGGGUUUUUUCCAGCAGGCACUCCAAACAAUGACAGAAAUGGCAAGUGCAAAGCAGAUCAAGUUUGCAACUUCAGUUGGAGUGGCCAGCGCAAAAUGCCCUCGUACAUAAAUAAGUUGGUCUUUCCUGAGGAUUUUUUAACUUCAUUGAGGACCAUAGCCAUGCAGGAAGAUGAGCUAUAUAAGGUUUCUUCAUUGCUUGAAGAGCUUGUUGGGUCUGAAGGGGAAAGGCAACCUACAGAUACAGAAGUUAGAGCAGCAGUAUGGGAGGCCUGUGGGGAUUCUGGAGCUUUGCAAUUGCUUUUUGAUCUUCUUCAAACGAAGAUGGUGGAUCUUGAAGAGAGUUCUGGAACAGAGGGCUAUGAUUCUGAGCUGCUAGAAAAGGCCCAACGUGCUGACAAUAAUUUAAGCUUAGCAAGUGGCUCAACCCAACUCAAGUUUGUGAGCAGAAACAAAUGGGCUAGUGUAGUAUAUAGACGAGGGCAGAAGGAACUCACCAGAUUAUUCCUUAAGGAAGCAGAGCAUGCCUUGCAAUUUUCUUUGAAUGAAGGAAACUGAAUGAACCAUUUGAAUUUCAACGUCAUGCCUUGCCUUUUAUGGAUCUCAAUCUUCAGUUAAAGCUCUUGGAACUCCAAACUUUGUUAUUAACUCUCCAUUUAAUGAUCUUUCACGAG